CAAACAUCUCCUGCAGUCUACAACACUGCUCAUACCUGAAUGCAGCUACAGCGAUGCAUAAUCAGUCCCAAUAGAUUCCGUGUCUGGGAUCAAUUGCCCUGCUGGUUCAGGGCAUAUGGCAACCGUAAGACACGGACAAUACCAUUACCAUCUUCGACAUCGAUACGAACAUUGUACACCGUCCACUCCGCAACGCUUGCUUCGCCGUUCCGGUAUCAUCCUCUCGAUGUCCUUGACGAUGCCAGCUUAGAUAGCUUUCGCGAGAACUGCUUCGUUCCAGAACGCCCAGCGAUCCUUCCACGCGGUUAUUUUCGAGGGAUCCCGGCUUUCGAGCGUUGGUUUCAGGCUGCCGAUUCCUCCAGCUUCUUCUCGUCCGGUAAUAAUAUAUCUCGGUUGAAGGUGGAAUAUCUACACAAACAUGGUGCGGAUGUGUUUGUACCAUUAGAACUCACUGAAUUGCCUCCAUAUCCUGCGAACGGCAACAAUGCCGAGGAUGAUGACCAUAGCUUCAGAAGGUUCCAUGCACCUCUAAGUGUCUUUCUGCAAUGGAUACAGCAAACGACUCACGAGUCACCGAUGCGUCUCUACCUUGCCCAAUGCCAGCUUCUAGACCUUCCCCAGGCUCUGCGCGAUGACCUCCCAACGCCGAGUCUGGUGUCGCAGGCAGGGAAGGGCGAUGUUUACGAUACAAAUAUCUGGAUGGGGUUACCGCCAACGUAUACACCUCUGCAUCGCGAUCCGAAUCCGAACCUAUUCGUUCAGCUUGCGGGACAGAAAAGGGUGCGGCUGUUAACUCCGGAUGAUGGAUUAGCGUUAUUCGCAUUCGUCAGGAGGAAACUGAGAAGAGCUGGAAAUCGGGAGGCUGCUGUAUUCCGUGGAGAAGAAAUGAUGCAGGGGAAGGAGAGGGAAUUUCUGGAUCAGGUGGUUUGGAACGAUUCAGAUGAUGCGAAUGGCCCAGAUUCUUCCUCUCAGGAAAAGAAUGGAUACGAAGCCCAACUUGGGCCAGGUGAUGGGCUGUUUAUACCGAAAGGUUGGUGGCAUAGCAUCAAGGGAGUUGGGAAGGAAGUCACCGCGUCGGCCAAUUGGUGGUUUCGAUGACUUACAGCGGCCAUGUCUUCACUUGAAAUAUAGUCACUUGCUCGCCGCUGUGACGAAGAUAUCAGAUGGUUAUUAUUAUUGUUGUUAGUUUUAAUAGUACUCAAUUAAAGCAGCAGACGGCACAUGAGCUGCCGGAAAUAGCCACAAGUAAGGCCAUUUUAGGCCAUGGCCGUGGGGUGCGGGUGAGCGUGCAAUUGUCGACUUGAGUAACAUGCUAGACACCAUUUUAAUAAUUAAGCGCAUCUUUCCCCGAAUCUCCUCAGCCAGCCCAUCGAUUGUAUCGUUUUGAAGGUAACAUCCAUUGAGUGGCCUCCCUGCCAGACGGCAAUCGCAUCACAUGUGCCUC